AUGGCAGCAGACCGGGGAAGGAACGCCUCUACCAUCGCCUACGUGGUCCUGCUGGGUUUUGGGGACCUCGGGGACGCAGGGAAGGCGCUUUUCUCUCUGUUCCUUGGCCUGUACUUGGUCACCGUGCUGGGCAACCUGCUGCUGAUCCUGGCCGUGCACUCCAGCCCACGCCUGCACACCCCCAUGUACCUCCUCCUGUGCCACCUGUCCUGCGUGGACGUGGGCUACACCAGCAGCAUCGCGCCCCAGCUGCUGCAGGAGGUGCUGGCCGGCAGCCUGACCGUCCCCUUCGCCGCCUGCGUGGCGCAGCUGUACGUGGUGGGCGCCCUGCUCACCACCGAGUGCUUCCUGCUGGCCGCCAUGUCCUACGACCGCUACCUGGCCAUCUGCCGGCCACUGCGCUACGCGGUGCUCAUGGACAGCACGGCCUGCCUGUCCUGCACGGACACAGCGGCCGUGGAGAGGGUGGCCCUGGCCUCCUCCUUCCUGUCCCUGUCGCCCUUCCUCUGGACCCUGCUGUCCUACAGCUGCAUUCUGACCUCCAUCCUGAGGCUCUCGUCCUCCGCCGGCCGGCGAAAGGCCUUCUCCACCUGCUCCUCGCACCUGAUCGUGGUGAGCGUGUUCUACGGCACCCUCAUCGCGCGCUUGGCAGGAGUCACAAGUCUCUAG